AUGGCUGCGCCUAUCCAUGUAUCUGGCAGUGGUCUCACUAGCAAUCAUCAUCUCCUUUCACUUUCGGGCGCAACCCUCAGUCUUGGAAAGGCGUAUGGCUUUACCUCUCGGCAUCGUCUUUUGGCUCUUGAGUAUAACCUGUCUGGCCAACGGGUUCGCCAACUACGCGCGCACGGUCAUGAAGUACAGUCGCAAGGCUGCAUUGGUCCAAAGCGGGUGGAAGACUCAGGUGGUUUUUACGGUGGUUGGGACUGUGAUUCUGGGGAGUUGUAUCUUAUUCCUAUCCACGGAUCAGACGGGCUAGCUUAA